AUGGCAAACAACACGCACAAUUACGGUUGGCAAAAUCGUUCAUCGCAACAGUACCAUCCCUCUUCCAUGGCUAUGGAUCAACAGUCUUUCCCUCAGCCUCCGCUAUCAUCGGCACCGGGGUAUCAGGUUGGAUACAAUCCGCCACCUAGCACGCAGAGUUACUAUCAACCUGGAGGUCCCGCAGCACAGUACCUUGUUUCUCACGCUUCGAUGUCCCAGGGCCGCCAUCAUCCCCGCAGCUCUCCUAUGCCCUAUUCGUUCCCCAGUAGUCAAGUAUCCGGCAGUCCUCCAACGAUACAAGACCCCUCAUCAUACACUUCAUCUCAUUCUUCCUACCUCGUCAACCAACAAGAUUACUAUCUAGCGCAGAAUCCCUCCUUCUCUUCAAAUCCCAGCUCACUCGCCGUGAGUCCGCAACCACAAAGUCUCAUGACACCAGGAACAGUAUAUUCAUCUCCCGACUCAGCCCCUGCCUCUUCGGAUCCUGAACAGCAAGUCCGAGUAAUUAGCUUCCGACCCAAACCCCAAUGCUGGGACCACGGCUGCAACGGCCGUGAAUUCUCCACUUUCAGCAAUCUCCUCCGUCAUCAGCGUGAGAAAUCUGGCGUCGUCGCCAAAGCAGAAUGUCCCAGCUGCGGCGCGGUGUUCACACGAACUACAGCCCGGAACAUCCACGUUGCGCAAGGCAAAUGCAAAAGUGGUGGCAGGGAGACCUCUAUCGAAUAG